AUGGAGGGGCCCAAUUUCACCAAUCCCUUGUAUUCUGCUCUUCCUAUAAGAAUGGGUUAUAUGGACCAUGCAAAUGCAGAUCUCACUCUGGAUGACAACCCUGCGCUGCUUUGGGAUUUAUACGACCACGGCUUCUAUCCUUUGCCUGACUAUGACCAACCAAUGAAGAAACAAAGGCAGAUUAGUCACGGCAGCAGUCGCAGCAGCGACAACAGUCAUGAAUCCAUAAUCAACAUCCUGGACAGUGAUAGUGAUGAUAACAAUCGUCUUGGGUCAGGGAUCGAGUCAGGGGCCUCCUUGCGCCCAUCGACAAAGUCGCUCUCAUCAUCGACCAUGGCCACCACGUCAGCCGCAUCACGCUCCAAUACGCACUCUGAAGCAGUGUACAUCGAUCUCACUUUGGACGAUGAAUUAUUGUGGCAGAUCACAGACAUCUUUCCGGGCAUCAGUCACCAGCAUGUGGAAGAGCUGAUCGAACUUCAUAAGAAGCCUCAAGAGCACCAACCUGCGCCGCCCCUAGAUUCAUUGAAGGAAAGUGUUAUUGAAGAUAUCUUACGGCAUCCCAGUUAUCCUAAGCAGGAAAAGGCCAAGAAACGUAAGAUUGAGGACACAGACGAGGAAGCUACGAUACGGUAUUUGCGAGAUAUACCAGAACGAGGUAGUCGUGCAUACCUCCAACUAGCAACCAACUUGUUAGCCCAAGAAUUUGGGUGGAUGCCGAUGAAACAUAUUCGGGAUGUUCUGGAAGAGAAAAAAGAGCUCUUUGCCGCGUAUCUCACUCUGCAUUCUCAAGAGAAUGAACAGACGGGAAAGUACACGAAGCUGAAAAGUAAAAGGUUCUCGAAUGUGCCAAAUCUGGGCAAAGAUGAUAAGACACCUAUUGCUGAGAACUUGGCUCGCGAACUAGGAGCCGCCAAGAAAAAAGCUGAAAAGGAGGACGAUGCCCUUCGCAAAAAGAAGGAAAAGCAAGAAGCCGAGAUCAAAAACGAAGAAGAACACAGCCGAGCUGGGAACCUCAUCGAAUGCCAGUGUUGCUACCUCGAUGUUCCAGCGAACCGAUCACUUCCUUGUGAGGGUGAUAACGUCCAUCUCUUCUGCUUUGCGUGCAUUCGGAAGUCUACGGAGACUCAGAUUGGGCUUAUGAGAUAUCAAGUCCAAUGUGUCGAUACUAGUGGCUGUCAGGCAAAGUUUUCUCGCGCACGGCUACAAGAAGCUAUCGGCGAGAGUUUGAUGGAAAAGCUCGACCGCCUUCAGCAGCAAGAUGAGAUCCAGCAAGCUGAGCUGGAAGGCCUUGAGGCUUGUCCGUUCUGUGAAUUUAAAGCCAUCUAUCCGCCGGUGGAAGAGGACCGAGAGUUCGUAUGCAAAAACCCUGACUGCGAAAUAGUCAGUUGUCGUCUCUGCCAGCAGGAAAGCCAUAUCCCGCGCACUUGCGCAGAAGCCAAUAAAGAGAAGAAUCUUCCUCAACGUCACUUAGUCGAAGAGGCAAUGAGCGAGGCUCUAAUCCGCCCUUGCCCCAAAUGCAAAGUGAAGAUUGUCAAGGACAUGGGCUGCAACAGGAUGGUUUGCUCCAAAUGCCGGACUGCAAUGUGCUACGUUUGCAGACGAGAUAUUACCCGAGAGUUGUACGAGCAUUUCGAGCGUCCUCCGACCUAUUGUCCCCUCCAUGACAAUCCAGCAUUACGCUCGUUACAAGAGAUUGAGAAAGCUCAAAAAGACACUAUCGAUAGUUUAUUGGCACAAAAUCCCGAAUUAAAGGAGGAGGAGCUGCGAGUCCAUGACGCAAAAGACUCGGCCGCAAAAAUGUCGCACGUCCUUCAAGGUCAUAAUAAUGGACUCAUACGCCAUUUAGGGCAAGCGCCAAUCCAUCCCAAUCAUGUGGUGUAUCCAGGGCCAGCUAUCCCAGUAGGAAGAGCCAACCCCCCAGCUGUUGCUCACCGAGUCAAUGCACCCUUUGGCAACGAUAAUGGCUGGGGUGGACAAGGCUGGCUUCAGAACCCAUUAGGACAACCUAGGAACCCACCAGGACACCCUGUGCCUACAAACGUCGUACAUAGGGGUGCGAACAAUCGGGGCAAUCCUCUUCAAGAUCCGGCGAGAAGGGUAGAUACCAGACCCCCAUGGCGAUACUAG